AUGGUGAAUAUCACGGAUAGGAUCAAGGAGAAACUUGCCAGGCUGCGCGCACAACUUCUCGAACCCACUGCCGGUUCGGGAUCUAGUGGUGGUACGGGAUUUGACGUUAGCAAGAGUGGUGACGCAAGAAUUUCUCUAGUGGGAUUUCCGUCAGUCGGGAAAUCUACGUUCCUAUCAAAAAUUACCAAGACGAAGAGUGAAGUUGCUGCGUACUCUUUCACGACUCUCACGGCCAUACCAGGCGUGCUCGAGUAUGGAGGAGCUGAGAUUCAAGUGCUCGAUCUUCCUGGAAUUAUUGAAGGGGCUGCAGAGGGGAAAGGGCGAGGAAGGCAGGUUAUUUCUGCAGCUAAGACUAGUGAUUUGAUUUUGAUGGUGCUUGAUGCUACGAAGCGAGCUGAACAAAGGGCACUUCUGGAGGCUGAACUGGAAGCCGUUGGCAUUCGGCUGAACCGUGAACCCCCAAACAUAUACUUGAAGGCAAAGAAAGCCGGAGGAAUGAAGAUUACAUUCCAGGCGCCGCCCAAAAACUUGGAUGAGAAAAUGGUUUACAAUAUUUUGCGAGAUUAUAAGAUGUUGAACUGCGAAGUCCUGGUCCGGGACGAGAAUGCUACCGUCGAUGAUUUUAUAGAUGUGAUUAUGAAAGAUCACAGAAAGUACAUCAAGUGCCUAUACGUUUACAACAAGAUUGACAGCGUUAGCCUCGAUUUCCUAGAUAAACUAGCCAGAGAGCCCAACACGUGCGUGAUGAGCUGCGAGUUGGACUUAGGCAUCAAGGAUGUUGUUGAUAGAUGUUGGGAGGAGCUGCAGCUGAUUCGAUUAUACACCAAACGCAAGGGAGUCGAACCCGAUUUCACAGAGGCGCUCAUUGUUAGGAAUCAGUCUACCAUUGAAGAUGUUUGCGACCAAAUCCACCGCACCCUCAAGGAAACAUUCAAGUACGCACUCGUAUGGGGCCAGAGCGCCAUGCAUGUGCCGCAGAGAGUCGGCCUAUCCCACAUUGUUGCGGAUGAGGAUGUGGUGUCAAUUGUUACUAAAUAA